AUGUCUUGUUAUGCACUGCACGCCGGCAAGAUUUCAUCCAAUUUUGAGGUGGAUUCAGCAUGUGGAGUCGCCAAUUCCACGAACCCCCAUGUACAAUGCUGUGUCAAGGGCGACUAUUGCAUGAGCAACGGCAUCUGUCACUAUAAGCAUUCUGGCGGAUCAGGAUAUUAUGCCGCCGAUUGUACAGAUCCAACUCUCCAGGAUCCGGCCUGCAUGACACGAUGCGGUGGCCACGCAUUUUCGGAUUUGACGUACGACGAAUCGUCAGGGCUCUGGGCAUGUUGCAGCUAUAAUAGUGAUGGAAAGGCCAAUUGUUCAAACCCCACGGACGAGAAAUUUCCUGCUCCAGUUCCGAGCGACCUCGCGACCAUACAAUAUCUGCCUUCAACGGGCACUCCAAGCUAUCCCACGGCGACAUCAAGCACGACAAGCACAGCAAGCGACGUUAGCUCGACACCGUCCUCGAACCCCAGCAGUCAUAUUGGAGCCGGUGCGGCGGCUGGCAUUGGUGUUGGGGUGGGAGCUGGGGUGUUUUUAAUAGCGAUGACUGGUGCAUUCUUUUAUUUUCGACGUCGGAAAUCGCCACAACAAUCGUCAACGCAUACAUCGUUUCAACCUCUAUGGGUCGGGUCAGAGUCGGAAACACAUCAAUUAGAUUCACAACAUCGAUUUGAGCUUGGGAAACCGGAACCGCGUCCUCAAGAGCUUGCCUGA